GCUUAGCAGCAGAGCCCUCGCUCGCUCGUUCGCUCGCUCGCGCGCCGUUGCCGGCCCGUUGUAGGCAUGCUCAGCUCCAGUCCCUUGCAGUGGCAGCCGCCCGCUCGCUCGCAGCAGCAGCAGCAGCGACGCCGCGGCGCACGCGAAGCGCCACUGGCCGCGCACAACGAGGCAGCAGUGAUGGCCUCUGCUGAGCAGCUGAGUUCCUGCCUUCACCAGCACCGCUCCUAGGCCACACACACACUCUCACAUACACACUCACACAUACAGACACACACUCCUGUAACACACCCCCUUCAGGUACACCUUCACACACACGCAAACACAAGCACGCACGAUGUACAGUGUGGAGGACCUGCUGAUCUCUCAUGGAUAUAAACUGCCCAGGAGUGGCCCUGCAUCCUCCUCAUCUGCGCCUUACGACAAUCGCAACAACGAGUGUCGGCGUGACAACGUGGAGAAUCGUCCUGCUGGUGGUGGAGGGGGUGGGGCCUUGAACGGUUUUGGGACAGCAGAGGGCGGAGCAGACGGGCGGACAGAAACAGGGACGGGGGCAUACAGGCCAGCUCAGACUGUAAAAGCGUACCCCGAAAACAACAAUAACAUUAAUGAGGGACAUGAACGAAUCCAGAGGAGGCUGGAAGUUCCUGUCGGUUUCCUUGGUGACCUGCAGCCUCUGGGAGACUCACUGGCUACUGACAGUGGGUUUUAUGACGCCCCCAGCCUGACAUUUUCUGAACAUACAGAAGAACGAGAUAUCUCCUACUGGAGAAGGAGAGGGCAGGACUUCAGUGCCCUGUUGGAUUACGGUGAUCCUAGGGAGCUGCGUGUGUCUGGAGGGCUAUGGAGAGGCCCAGUGCUGGCUCCAGAGGAACUGAGGGCUGAAAGGCCAUUAGCACGAUGGGAGGAAGGGUCAUGGAUGCGAGAGGCCAUAGACUCAGGCCCAGAGACUCUGCGGGUAACUGGGGAGAGGAAAUGCCAGAGCCUAGGUACAGAGGAGUGGCGCCCUGCGGUGGGUCUGGGUCGGCAGUUGUCUGAUGGGGAGGCUGAACGCUGGUCUCAGGAACAGCAGCACCGUCUGCGACCUGCAGAAAGUAGUGUACCUGCUACGGUCAGGAUGAAGUCUCAGUCACUGCCCCGUGUUCUCUCUCCAGAAGAUCCACAAUACAGAGAACUUCCCCAAGCAGGUGCCGCAAGCCAGGCCCCUACUCAGAGAAACAACAGCUCUGUGCCAUAUGGUCGUUAUCAUAGUGAAUGGCCAAUGGGAGAGCGGUGGAGUGGUCAGUCUCAUGGUCAAGGUCCUGUUGCACUUGUGCCAAAGCCACGGUUCAGUCGCCCUGUAAAGCCCCCAUCUUAUGAGACUCACCAGCAGAACAGGGGGAGCUGGGAAACACUCUCCUCUGAACCAGUUUCCAAACCUAGAGACCGGUCGGUUUGUUAUUCUCAGAGCUUUGAACCAUUAAGAGACAGGUCAGGGUGUUAUUCUCAGAGUGCAGAACCCUUAAGAGAUCGGUCCAUUUGUUUUUCACAGAGUGCAGAGCCUCUAAGAGACCGCAUGGUGAGCCACUCUCAAAGUGCUGAACCACUACGAGAUCGAUUUAUCAGUCACUCACAAAGUGCAGACUUGUUAAGAGACCGCUUUAUAACCCACUCUCACAGUGCCGAUCUGUUAAGGGACAGAUCACUUUGUUAUUCUCAGAGCUCAGAACUACUCAGAGACAGGUCUAUCUGUUACUCACAAAGUGCAGAGCUACUGAGACCAGAGGCAUAUAGGGCAGAUUUGCUUUAUCAGGAAUUGACUGGUAUGGAGCCCCCUGGAUACAUCCCACCCCCCUCUUACAGAAGAUUUCCGCCUCCCAGGGGUGGGCAGAUUUUCCGUGCUGACUCUGCCCUUGUCCGAUGGAAACGAGAACCAGUAAGUGCCGAGAUGGGGGAGUGGUUUUCCAGAACAGCAGGAUUGUCAUGGUCAGAACGCCGGGAAGACAGGAGCAUGGCAGUAGUCCCCAGAAGGCCAGUGCAUCCAGCACCUGUUGUACCAAAUCGACCAGGGCACGUGCAGUAUGUCCCGUUUGAUGACCCACGCAUCAGGCACAUCUCAGGGGGGCCAAGUGGAAACUCACUCACAGACGCAGACAAGAUCCGUCACGUCAACAAAGAGCUUCCCUGUGCUGCAGCUUUAGGACAAUCCACACAUGAUAGUGCCUUCCUCCCUACCCAGGGGCCGAGCACGGACACUCACAAACCAGCUCUCAGUGAACAUGAGAAUGCUAGUCGAUGGCACAGGGGGUUGAACAAAGGCAAUGAAAGUGUAGCACCAGACCAGAGCUUUUCCAAGUUCCCCACAACCUUUCAGACCAGGCCCUCACAACCAGUCAUCAAAGUUGACAGAAGUGCAGACCAGCCAGUUAGGGUAGAGAGAAUUCCAGACCAGGGUCAAGUCAAGGUAGAGAGGGUUACAGAACUAGUUAAAGUAGAUAGAGCUGCAGAACAGGGCAAAGUAGACAAAAUAACAGACCAGGUAAAGCCAGACAGAGUUGCAGACCAAGUCAAAGUUGAAAGACUUACAGAAGUUAAGCCAGACAGAUUUACAGACAAGCAGAUUAAAACAGAGAGGAUGCCAGAACAAACGAAAAUAGAUAGGAUUCCAGACCAGGUUAAAACAGAUAGAUACUCUGAAAAACAAACUAAAAUGGAUGUAAAAGCUGAAAGAAUUCCAGACAAGACACUCAAAGCUGACAGGAUUUUAGAUAAGCCAAGUAAAGUAGAUAGAGUGCCAGACAAGCAAGUGAAAGUAGACAGAAUUCCAGAAAAAUUAAAAGCAGACAAAAUGGCAGAAAAACAGAGUAAAUCAGAGAAAUUAACUGAAAAGCUGAAUAAGUCAGAUAAACAGACAAAAGCAGAUCUAAGUGUGGAGCAGAUAAAAACUGAAAAAGUCUCUGAGAAACAGACAAAGGCAGACAAAUCCAUGGACAAAGGUUCCUCAGAGAGUGUUUCCACAGCAAAAACAGAACCGGCCCAGGAGCCUGAGAAAAAGAGUGUGAAAAAGAAAUUAAGUGAGACUAUUUUCUGCUUGGUGUCUGUCCCCCUUUCACAGUCUAGUGGCAAGUCCAGAGAUCAAAACAACAAUGAAGAGAAAGAACCGGAUUCCCCUCCAAUUCCUCCACCUCCUCCACCAAGCUCCUCCAGUGAGAACAGCAACACCCUUGGCUCCCUGCCAAACCAAAGCCUCAAAAGCACAUCCACCACCUCCACUGACUUGGAACUACAAGCACUUACACUUGGCAGCGCGUCCAGUAGCAUAGUCACGAGAAGAGCUCAUCGCAGGAGGAACUCUCGCACUAGGAUCAUUAAACCAAAUCCCCAUGAUGAGCUUAGACGGUAUUCUGGUGCUUGGCCAGGGGACCAGUAUCGUGACCAGGAAACCCAAACUAGCCCUGAGCUCGCAAAGAGUGCUCAACAUCCGGGUCCUGAUAAAAUGGAAGCACAAACCUUGCCUGCAGUCCCAGAAGCAGAGGUCCCUGCAGAAAGUGGAUCAGGAGCUCCAGCUGCUGCAGGAGCUACAGGAUCUACAGGGGGCACAGGAGCCCCAGGAGCUCCAGCAGUUCCAGGAGUUACUGGCGUUCCAGGAACUACAGGGGCCCCAGGGCCAACAGGACCCACAGGGCCUACAGGGGCUAAAGGGACCACAGGGGCAUCCGGUGCGGCUGGGGCAACAGACCCGAGUACUCCCUAUGGGUAUCCCAUGAAAGGUCAGAAAAGCCUGAAACCAUCCAGCAACAGCGCCUUUUCAAGGACAGGUACCUUCAAGAGCACAGGUUCACAUAGACCUCCGCUACACCCUCCUCCACACCCGCCACCCCCACCUCCAAACCAACCACCAUCCCAGCCUCCACCACCACCUCCAACACAGCCCCCAGCCAAGUCACCACCUUUGGACCAGGCUGAAAAUGCCAAAUCAUCUGCAGGCCCUAACCCAGAGGCUUUUGGUCAAUUCCUGCUGAAGCCAGUGACCCGACGGUCCUGGGAUGCCAUUGAGGAACUGGAGUCUAUUAAUAAAGAAUUGCAAGAACAAGCAAGUAAACGUCCUACUGUGGACCAGUGCAUUGAAGAUCUUAAUGAGGCCUACAAAGACAUCCUGGAGCUCAGCACUGCCAGCAAUAACCUUACCAACCGCUCCUCCAUGCAAAUCCCUGAUCGCAUCAAAGCCAGAUUGUCCAGUGAACCCCUGGGAAUUUCUGCAACUACACUUCGGCCCAGCCUGGUCCCAGGGAGUGACCCAGAAUACAGGGAGGUUAAGAGUGCCUUUUCCCGACCAUCAACUGGGAAGAGUGUUAGCUUCAGCAAACAGCUAAGGGAGGAAAUUUGUCCUGCACCUCCUCCACCAGAAACAGGUUUCAGAGAUUACAAAACAGUAAUGUCCCAGAUAACUCACCGCAAAGCCUGUAGAUCAGUGAAGUUGGACCUCCUGACUUCUAAGGAAACUCCAGUCAAAGAUGACAGUUUGGCUGCACUAACUUCCUCCACUUCGUCCAUGGGGGCUGAGGUCCCAUGGGCGGACAGGCAGCCCAUGCAAGAUGCAUCUACUCUAACCAGCCCCCCAGACUAUGAGCACAUAUGUCAAACGCUCCAAAUGGCCCGUGAUUCUGGGGCCAUCAGCCGAGGGGCUUCUGUAAAAUCCAAACCAGGUAGUGCUAUGAGCAUUGACACCCCGCAGCAUGUGGCCAUGCCUGGUGUGUCUGCAGUAGAUUCAGAGCAGCCAUGCUCUUCCUUAGCAUUAGAUAAUGAAAAACAGGUAAGACAGGAGCCAGUCUCUCUAUUCAGGGAAGAGAGAAGCUCAGGCUUUAGGCGGGUAACAAGCCAGAGUACCAAAUUCCUUGGAAACAGGGGAAUGCUGAGUAGCAUUGCAACUGGCAAGUCAGUUGGAGACAAAGCAGGUUUAGAGGCAAACCCUGAAGUACCAGCUGACUGGCAGAUACAGCUGUCAUUAGCUGAGAAACAUAUUGCUACCCUUAUCACAGGGGAAGAGUCCAAACAUGGGACAGCUGAUGACAUAGAUGAAAUGAGCAAGGUUGAUAGAGAAGAGGGCAUUCCUGCCAGUGAGUUAGUAGAAGAUCAAGCAAACAAGACAGUGCAAGAAGACAGCCUUGUCACUUGUGAAGAAAGGGAUGCACAGAUAGAGACACAAGAGAAUGAACCAACACAAGGGGCUGAAUGUCAGUUGCCGAUAGAAAUAAUGAAUGAUGGUGAUAAUACAAAGGAAAAGAUGCAGAUAGAUUCAGAAAAGACUGAUCAGGAAGACCCAAUGAUUAAAGGCAAAAAGGUGCAAGAGCAAACCCAGGAGGGUGACCCAGGAGAGCCCAAGAAAGACUCUAGUGUUACUUUAAGACCUAACAAGGCUGCAAUGUGGACUCAUUCAGGUGUGGAUCCAGGGCUACUACCAGAAUUUCCUCCUGAUCACUUACCCCUGUCUGUGUUAUCUUAUCCAAAUCGUAGGUUAUCUUUAGGAUUGGACUGGGAGAGAAGUAGCUGGGAAGGAGAAAUGUGGAACAGUGGGGGUGGUUGGGCAAGAGAAAGGCGGUCCCUUGAUGCUGAAAGGCAGGACUUAGAUGGGGAUAGGUGGGCUUUGGAUGGUGAUAGACAACAAACCAGUGGUGAAAAGCGGGGUUUGGGUGGUUGGCGUGGGUGUGGAAUUGACAGGCAGGGUGCCGAUGACUCAGACUGGGAUUUAGACAUUGGUAAGCGACAUACGGACACAGGGGAUAAAGAGCAGAGUGUGGAUGCAACAAAAUGGAACGUUGAGCAAACACAGGAUCAAAGUGAAGAUCAAAGUAGUACUCCUUCUAACAAAGACUUGGAUGCGAACAAACAUAACACUCCAGAUAAGGGAGGAGUUCAAGGUGCUGAAGUAGGUCCAGGUGUCAAAGACGUGCAGGCCUCAAGUUUAGGAAGACGGGGCCGUGGACUUUCUCAGCGAAUUGAAGCCCUGCAUGACCGUUUUAUGGCCCCACCUGGACAUGGGUCAGAGGAGAGACUCGCCCGAAUGAGGGAGGUGGACACUGUCUCUCGCAUGAGACGCCUUAGCCUCCGUAGCACAGACUCAUGGGAUGGACUAUAUGGGGUGAGCUUUGUGACUAGAGCUGAAGAGGUGGGGAGGGAUGAUGAACAGUCCCUUCCUUCCUCCCAGGAGCUUCCAAAUGCAGCAGAGAAGGUGGAGAGUGAGAGCAGUGAACCUGGUGAAACACAAGAUAACCAGCCAAUCGCAACAGAGUCACAGGAGCCCACCGAGGUGGAGAAGUCAUAGCUGAUUGCCAGAAGUCAAAGGUCACUGGGUCAGGAGUCAUCCAUUGCCACUAAGGGCCAGCUUCCAACACUGUGACCUGGCUAUCUGUUAAAUGCCUUCAUUUUCAUAUGCCGCUCACACAAAAAUACAAAGACACACAUACGCACAUACACUGACAGUCGCAGUUCAUGCACUAAAUAAUUGCAUAAUGCAUAUGCAGACACGUUAACAUGUAAACAAACUCGCGCAAACAUGAAUUCAUCGUCAUGUAUGCACAUACUUUCAUGCACAUUCAAAUACAAACAAACACAUAUAAAAUGGCCUUCUCCGACAAGAGCAUUGUGUAUCAACUCCACCCCACCUCCGCUCUGAUCCAGCUCUGCUGGAUUUCUUAAUGUUGCUGCUCCACUGCCAGAAGGAGGCAAGUCUCAACCAUUCCUACCUUCCACAUCCUCCCUCACACAGUGUGUUUUCUUUCUAUCCCUUAACGUCUGAUGGGGUCUGUAAAACUCAAGCAUUUAUUGUGGCCCAGUUUUCUCUACAUGAAAUGUAAUAUAUCGCAAGUUUAUUACAAUAUAAUCUAUAUUAUAAUAUAGCCCUGCUAUAUAUUCCAUUUUAUGUGGGCCAGACCCUUUGAAGGGAUAGUUUAGCAAAAUAAUGUUAAACGGGAAUUCCACCAAUUUUUCAUAAUUUCUGCAUAAUUUCAAAUGUUGAGAUGUAAAUAAGUCGUUCAGAGUGGGGUUGAUGUGAAAUGGUACACUGCAGAGUGGCAUACCAACUCAGAUUUCUUUGCAGUGGUGAUAUGAACCAGGGGUUACAAUGUCUACAACAAAAAUAUAGCCAUUUUAUUUAUAAUCCAAUGUAACCAGUGAAACUUCAUGUCUGAUAGGUUUGUAUAUGUGAUGUUCAUGAUGCUAAAAUAGGGGAAACAAAGAACUAUUUUGCCUUACAACACUCAUCUUCAGCAUUAUUGUAUUUUAUAAAUACAUUUUAGGCCAAAACGUUAUCUUAGAACAAUGUCUCAGUCAUCAGGCAGUGUGUUCUUUACCAUUUUGUGUAAUAACUUUCUAGGAGGGAGCUUUUAGAAGCAUUAAACUCUUCAGACAUCUGGUUCUUAUCACCACCACAGUGAACUAUUCUCUCAGUAAAUUUAUCUUCGAUGGACUUUCUCACAUCAAACCACUCUGAAUGACUUUAAUUACAUCUUAAAUAUCAAAUUAUGCAAAUAUUAACAAAAAUGAUGACAAAAUGACAAAUACCUUUCAUGAUAACUUGCAACCUUAGCUUGUAUUCAUUGUUACCCACAUUAGCAUUGUUUGGUUGAAUUAUCCCUUUAAUACUAAACCUGCAUGUGUAAAAUUCAUUCUUAUGUCUUAUUGUGUCUAAAACGUUUCAGACACUCGUCUCCGUUAACGACCCCAACAACAAAAUAAUGCCAGACCUCGUCAGCCUGAUCAUGUUGGGAAGCCUCCUCCCCUGUCCUCCCCCUCCAAAGUUAAGUUGGGAGUGAGUCGUAGCGGCACCUGUCCUCUUUCCCCCAGUGCUUCUCUUCUGCUGACAUGGAACUUUUGUCAAUUGUCAGAACUUGUGGUCUCUUCGUAGUCCAGUGUAAGUCAGUUCGUCUGUUUGGACAUGAAUGUUCCGUCGGCGCUUUUACAUGUUCAUAUUUUGUUCUCAUUUUUUUUAAACCAGUGUUCGCAGACUUUACAGGACUGUUUGCAUUCCUUUCUUAUUUUAAGCAUUGCCUGAGCUGUUUAAUUCCAAAAAACAAGAGCUCCAUCUGAGAUGGGCAGCUGGAACUAUAGUAGCAAGUGAAGAUCAGUGGCUCAAGAACUGUUUUUCUUUACCACUCAAAUUGAUCAAAGAAGCUCAUUGCUUUUUGUUUUUGUUUUUUUUGUUUUUAUCCACAGUGCCCUAAUACCAGAACUUUUUCAGCACACUGUAACAUAUGUCCCUGAGAGCUACAGUACUUGCUGUGGUGAUUAAAAUGGUAUAUGUAUUAUAGAUUAAAUAGAAGCCUGGAUAGGAUGAGCAUUUUAGAAUUUGAUGAGAAGCACCUUGUGAAUGGAAGGUUAUCAGAUAUUUUAUUUUGCUAAAAUCAAAGAUAAUUCGAGCUACGGAGUGGCCUUUUUUUGAGAACACACCAGUAAUGAUAAGCCUAUGUGGAGCCACCAACACAAUGUUUGAUAUGUUCCAUAUCAAAAUGUUUAUGAAUGUUUGUACGAUAUGUCAAGUAUCUUAAAUGCCAUUGAUUGACCCAGGUUUGGGGAAUUUUUUUUCAGGCAAAGACUUUAAAAACAGGGUCCAGAAAUGAACACAUAUAUUAAUUCCUGAAUUUAAUGCGGUGUCUCUGUCCCCCGACCCCUUCGGUAACUCCCAAGAGCAAUAAAUGCUUACAAGUGUUUGCGAUGAAACAGAUAAACAUGUACAGAUUUUUAGGACUUUAAGUAGGGAAAACGUCAAUAGGACAUGAAUUGAAAAGAUACAAAACAUUAAAAAACAUAAUGUGAUAUCAUUACAAUGCAUACCAUUUUGCUAAUAGUGGUCCCAGAGACAGCAAACGUUUGAUAGCAUACGGCACGAUAUUGUAUGGUACGGUAAGGUGAUAGUGUAUGAUAGCUAGAGCAAUAUUGUCCAACAUGACGCUCGGUGGCUGUAGAAUAUGUGAGAACCAGGAUAGACUCAUGUGUAAAAGUGUCAUCUGUCUAAAUGUCGCUCAACAAGAACGUGUUUCAGAUUUUGUGUGUGUGUGUGCAUGAGUGUUGGCUUGCUUCCCCCCGCCCCGCCACCUGCCCCGCCGCCCGCCCCGUCAUUGCUCUCCAUGCCAUCCAUGUGUAUUUACAAAAAGAAAAACUGCAUUUCACCGAAUAUUUAUUUUUGUUAUCAUUGAAAUUGUUAACCAGUCCACAUAAUGUACAAAAUAAAGGUAUAUUUUAAAUAUUUUAAGAGAUAUUUUGUAUUUACCAUGAUAUUUUAUUUCUUUGCUCUUGGAUCCAGUUGGCAGUAUCAUAUUGCUGUAUAGCGCAGGAAGAAGAGUAUAUAAUUUUCUAGUGCUUUUAAAAAAAAUUAAGACUAGGUCAAUUUAGCUGAGCUAAUAUCUCUGAGACACCUGCAGUAUGCCUUGUUCUUGCUCUGAAAUUUGUGAAUGAUAAGGGUUGUCACUGCAUACCUUGAUUUGACGUGGAUUUCAGCUUGUGCUUGGAAUAUGUAUCACACUCAGUUGAUAUUUGGUACUCUGAAUAAAGGAGUCCAUAUGGCAUUAACAUUUAGUGAAUUGGCCUUCCAGUCACCUACAUCAGUCUACACACUUAACAAUGGCCAGCUUUUUCCAGGCAGAGAUUAAAACUAAUAGUAGAAUAAAAACAAAGAAUCCCAAUUGACAUUUUAUUCUAUUUCAAGGCUAAACUUAAAGGAAAAGUUUGGCAAAAAAUCAAAUGUACACAAUUUUCUACUUUCUACCCCAGUUUCUCCAUGUUUGGUGUCUAAAUUUUGCUUCUUUAGUUCAGCACUGGAGGUGCAAGGCUAAUGUUGCUAUUAAUAGAAGUCAAAAGCCACCUACAUCCUUUGCAUAAAUACAGAACUUCUCUCAACCCAUUCAAACUGCAUCCAAAUCUUCAUCAAAUUUCAAAUUUUGCUUCUUUACAUUUGAGCUGGAGCUGCGAGGCUAACAUUGUUAACAAACACUAGAAGUCAAUAGUCACCCAAAUAUUUUCUGGAACACACAUCCUCAAAACUUCUCUAAAUCUGCUGAAACCGUACACAUAUGAUGGAUAAUACUGGAGUCCAAAUUUUCCUUCUUUAGUUUAAAGCUGGAGCUGUGAGGCUAAUAUUGCUCACAAAGAUGUCAACAGAAUUCAAUAGUCACCCAAAUCUUUUCUUUAAAAUACAUCCUCAAAUACGAGACAGACAAGAUCUGAUAUAAGAUCAGUUCUGCCGUGUGAGUUUUGGUUUCUGGUUUGUUUGAAAUGGCUUCCUGGAGCAGUUAAGUUUAUUUCAUUUUAAUUGCUCACAGUAAGUCAUACUGUGCUCUUAAGCAGGGUUUUACAACCUGAUGUCUGUGGACCACUGGUGGGUUGCAAAGCACCCUGUAGUCGUCCACGGCCCUGAACUUUGGGGGCACAGUAGGUCUCAGUGGCUUUAACUCAUAAAAAUGUGACUUUAAGUCAUUAACACACAAGUGGACAAAAUAUUAACUUAAUGAAUUAGUAAUCAACAAGCAAAUGUUUUUAAAUUAUAGCCAAUGUACAUACAAAUAAAAACAUUGCGCAUCAUCAGUUUGAGAUGUAGACAGUGAGGCAGAGACGGAGGAGCUUCUCAGGGCGCUUUCACACCUGCCUUGUUUGGUAAAGACCUACCAGACUUUUCUUUAGUUGGCUCCGUUUUGACGCCAGUGAAAAACUCCACCUGCAUUCGGGUCUGCAACAGAGAGCUGAACCAGUCCGACAAAAACCUUGGGUCUCGGUUCUGUUGGCAGGAAGCGGUCUGUGAAGAAAUUAGGGGAUUCAUCAACAGAGCUCACUUUCCUCUUCUAGUCUCACACUUUAAAGACUCUCAUUUGCUCUCGUUUCUGCAUCGCAAGCUGCUUUAAAAUAAAAUAAUAGUCAAGAUAUGCAUUUGAUGGAACACAUUUUUCACGGAACAUAAGCAAUGUUUGGUGAUAAACCUCAAACUGAAAAUCUGAUGACACAGAAGCAGUUAUAAAGUAAGGUUUAUUAUUAUUGUUGAUUGUGAUGACACUAAUCCAAAAGCCCUGUGGUUUGGCUGUUUCAAAUUAAUCACAAAUAUCUUAAAAACUAUGAACAUAUGCAUUUUUUAACAUAACUGUACAUUUUGGGACUUGUGACUGAGCCAAAAUGGAUGAUCUGAUCCUGUUCAGGCCCUGAUUCUCAGGUUUUCAGGCUCAGCAUUUAAGAAAAGAAAAAGAAAAUUUAAAAAGUUGAUUUUAGUUGAUAGAAGUUUUCCUGUGGGCCACUGUGCUUUGUAAUUCUAAACAGGUGGGCCUUGGAAUAGAAAAGUUUGAGAAGCACAUCGACAUGUCUGCAUGACCUUAACAAAGACCGGGAUGCGGUUUGAGUGGGUUGAGAGAAGUAUUUACAAAAAAGUUUUGACAAAGUAUUUGACAGCUGCAUUAGUCUCAAAGCUCCAGUUCUAAACUAAAGAUGUAAAAUUUAAAAAUGAAAUAUGCGUUGACUUGGAUUUUUUGCCAAACUAUUUCCUUAUAUGAGCAUUCCACAUAUUUCUUUAGAAUCAUUUCGGAGUAAUUUAAUUGUUGAGAUAUAAACAAAGUCAAAAUUGUCUUCUGAGUUUUUACAUGUGCUGUUGAUAGAAAGUAAAAUCUGAAAAACAUAUAUUCUUUGAGUACACUUUUCCCUUAAAACGCCUUACAUGUACUAUUCUGCCAUGAAUAGGUUUUGUAAAAGGCAAAACCUUAUUUCAGAACUAUUAUUAAAAAAUGCGUCGGUUAUCUGGUAUUCGUAACUAUUUCAUGUAAUAACUUUCUGUGAGGGAGCUUUUAGAGACAUUAAAGACUUUAGACGUCUGGUUCUCAUCACCACCAUUGUGUUUCUCUACAACAGAGCAUUUCAUAACAAACCACUCUGAAUGACUUUGUUUACAUUUUAACAAUUCAAUUUUACAGAAUUUUUGAAAAGUCAGUGGAAUUCCUGUUUAACCUGGGGUUUAGUCCAAGGCUAGGCUUAACCUUUUUUUAUGAGGCUAGAUUAAAUCUGAAAUCCAGCUCAAAGUUCAUACGGUAGCCUAAAGUGUAUAUGACAAAACAAACAGCUGCGGCGUUAAUAAUUUCUUUCUUUAACUUUAGUCGUUUUAUAAAAGCUAAAUGUGGCCUUAUUUUUAUUUGAGCAUUUGUAUGUCUUUGAUUGUCAAUCAUGCAGUGUUUUUCAUUCAUUCAUACCAACAUUUUUAUUUUCUAGAAAUAAAAAAGGAAUCUUUUAGUCAUGCAGCCAAAUAUGUAUUAUUUAUUUGCAAGUAUGAUAAGCUAAAGUCUAGCUGGAAGGAACAUUUGUAGCACAUGGACUGGAACUGUUCUCCCCCUCUCAUUCAACAGGCCCAUAACUGUUAUUAUUUUGAGCUGUUUUCAUGACUGAUGUAGCAUUUUUCACCAGUGUAGCACUCGGAGAACGCUCAUUGUGGAAAAAGUAGAUGAAAUUCAUCAUUCUUUUUGGAAGUUGUGACUUUAUGGAAUUCAUAACAGUAAUGCAGUGUAUACCUUUAAAGCAUAAACUGCUCUUUACAUUUUGCUACAUGCUAUGGGGUGCCAAGAGUGACAUGAUUUACAUUUUGAUGCUAAUUUUCCAUAUCUUUGAGGUACCUGGACCAUUAUUCAUUUAGCAAAACAUAACUGACUUUUGGUUCCAUGUUUGUAAAUGGUUAGGCAUUGAAAUGUAAAUAUGUGAAAUAAGUUAAAAAAGUCAAAUUUAAUAAAC